AGACACAAAGUUUUAUAGUAUAUUAAUAUGUUUAUUUUUGUCAAUUUUGAGAGUCCUAAGUUAGUAUGUAGGGAUGAAAUAGAAAAGACUUCAUGUAGCGUACACGUUCAAAUAUAGAUGAUUAUCCAACAAAGAGUCAAACACACUAAAUGUGUGUAUUUGUGUGUGAAACUCGAGCACAUGUAUAAAUAGGCAGCAGCUGCAGAGCCAGAGUUGGGAAAUUGAGGUUGAUAAAAAUGGCGACUGAUGAAAAUGCAGUGAUCGAGCACAGAGCGUAUGCUCGGGUGGGUUUGUUGGGCAAUCCCAGCGACGUCUACUACGGGCGCACGAUAUCAUUCAGCCUUGGAAACUUCUGGGCUUCUGUCAAGCUCCAGCCUUCCGAUAAUUUGAUGAUCCUUCCUCACCCCGCCCAUGAUCUAGUUCAAUUCGACUCUCUCACUCACUUGGUUAAUCGGCUCCAGACCGAUGGUUACUAUGGAGGGGUACGUCUGCUCAUGGCGAUCUGUAAAAUCUUUCACAACCAUUGCAAGGAAAACAAAAUUAGUUUACGUGAGGGGAAUUUUAAGUUGUCUUAUGAUACCAACAUACCUCGCCAGACUGGGCUUUCUGGUUCUAGUGCUAUUGUAUGUGCUGCUCUUAGCUGCCUUCUUGACUUCUACAAAGUCAGGCAUCUAAUAAAAGUUGAAGUCCGGCCAAACCUUAUCCUUAAUGCAGAGAAAGAACUCGGUAUCGUUGCUGGACUUCAGGACAGGGUAGCCCAGGUCUAUGGAGGCCUCGUCUACAUGGAUUUUGACAAGAAACUCAUGGAGGAUUUAGGACAUGGAAACUAUAUGCCCAUGGAUCUGGAUCUUCUGCCACCGCUCUACCUCAUCUAUGCAGAGAACCCAAGCGACUCUGGAAAGAUGCAUAGUACAGUCAGACAAAGGUGGUUAAAUGGUGAUGAGUUCAUUAUAUCAUCGAUGGAGAAGGUUGCAAAUAUUGCAUUAGAAGGAAGGACAGCGUUGAUUGAAAAGGACUACGCUAAACUCGCAGCCCUCAUGAACCAGAACUUUGAUUUGCGAAGAGAAAUGUUUGGCGAUGAAGCUCUUGGAGCUAUGAACAUAGAGAUGGUUGAAAUCGCUAGGCGAAUAGGUGCUGCAUCAAAGUUUACAGGCAGUGGAGGCGCUGUCGUCGUGUUCUGCCCUCAAGGUUCUUCACAAGCAAGCCUUUUGGAGGAUGCAUGCAAGGCAGCUGGUUUUGCCUUCCAACCACUUCAAAUCAUGCCAUCUUUGCUAAAUCAAGAGGAUCUUGAAACUAUGUCAUCAAGAUGAAAUACAAAUGCACUUAUCUCCCCCUUGCUUUUCUAUAGUCCCAUGAUUUGACUAAGGUUUUAUGCAAUAUUGUUAAGACUUUGUAAAACAACAAGAAGGGUAUUUUGUAAUUGCUCAAAUUUAUAUUCUUGAACUGUGGGAAACCACAAUAAAAUUUUCAACUGCCGUUACAAAUCA